UCCCCGCAGCUCCAGCCCCCUCACAAAAGCCAACUCCAGCACCCAAAGCAGUGCAGCUCCCCCAGGACAUGCCCAGUGCCCCGGGCAGGGGGAAGGAGCCCUGAGGAACAGCUCCCACAUCCCGUGGUCUCCAGGAAGAUCCCAGGAAGACCCCAAGGACAUCCCACAAGCACCAUGAGCACUCCUGCCCCCAGCUUCGCUGUCCUCUCCUCAGCAGGGCCAAUCCCAUUCCCCACCGCUCUGGCCAUCGUCCUGAGCUGCGUCUUCUCCGGGGCGCACAGCCAGACCCCUCGGGCCCUCCAGGAGAGCACCGUGCCCCUGGAGGUGCUGGGCCAGGAGCAGCCCCGCAGCCUGGUGCAGCCCGGGCUGCUGCGGGGCGUGCCGGCGUCCAACGCGUCGGACAGCGUUCCCGGGAGCCGCCCCUCGGAGCCGCCGCUGCUGCCCGUGUGUGCCCGGCCCGCCGACAUCCGCCACGUCUUCAAGUACAUCAACACCAUCGUGUCCUGCACCAUCUUCGUCGUGGGCAUCAUCGGCAACUCCACGCUGCUGCGCAUCAUCUACAAGAACAAGUGCAUGAGGAACGGCCCCAACGUGCUCAUCGCCAGCCUGGCCCUGGGGGACCUGCUCUACAUCCUCAUCGCGCUGCCCAUCAACGUCUACAAGCUCCUGGCCAAGGACUGGCCCUUCGGGGUGCAGGUCUGCAAGCUGGUGCCCUUCAUCCAGAAAGCCUCCGUGGGCAUCACAGUGCUCAGCCUCUGCGCCCUCAGCAUCGACAGGUACCGAGCAGUGGCGUCCUGGAGCCGGAUCCAGGGCAUUGGGAUUCCCAUGUGGAAGGCCGUGGAGGUGCUGCUGAUCUGGGCAGUGGCCAUCGUGCUGGCAGUGCCCGAGGCCAUCGCCUUCGACAUGGUGGAGCUGAGCUACUGGGAGCAGCACCUGUGGGUGUGCAUGCUGGCCUCGGAGCAGAAAUCCCGCUUCAUGAGGUUCUACCGGGAUGUGAAGGACUGGUGGCUUUUUGGCUUCUAUUUCUGCCUGCCCUUGGUGUGCACAGGCAUCUUCUACACCCUCAUGUCCUGUGAGAUGCUGAGCAAGAGGAACGGGAUGAGGAUCGCUCUGAAUGACCACAUGAAACGGCGCCGGGAGGUGGCCAAGACCGUGUUCUGCCUGGUGGUGAUCUUCGCGCUCUGCUGGCUGCCCCUGCACCUCAGCCGCAUCCUCAAGAAGACCAUCUACGACCAGACGGACCCCAACCGCUGUGAGCUGCUCAGCUUCCUCCUGGUGAUGGAUUAUUUUGGGAUCAACAUGGCCUCUCUCAACUCCUGCAUCAACCCCGUGGCUCUGUACUUUGUCAGCCGGAAAUUCAAGAACUGCUUCCAGUCCUGCCUGUGCUGCUGGUGCCAGAGGCCGGCCCUGAGCAUCACUCCUACGGAUGAGAAGGGAUCUGUUGGGAAGUGGAAAGCCACGGGGCAGGAGCUGGGGCUGGACCGGAGCAGCUCCCGCCUGAGCAACAAGUACAGCUCUUCCUAAAUCCGUGUCACUGUCCAGGACAAGGCACAGGGACAGCAGGACCCCUCCGAUCCUCUCCCAGGCUCUUCCUGGCUGGGCCUGAAUCAGCUUUGCCGUCGUGUCCUAACCCAGCUGGAAGGAGCUGGAGCAUUCCCCAGGAGCUGCUCCAAGCCCAGCCCCUGACCCCAGCGGUCACCUCUGCAGGAGAGGGAAGGGCAUUCACAUCCUCACAGGAUUUCUCAUUUCCUCGCAGGAAAACCAAGGGACUCCUGGCCUUUGCCUCGGGGUGGAACGUGGGGCGGGGGGAUGCGUGUGGGAAGGGAUGUUGGGGUGGUCACUCUAUGGGGUCAGGAGGAGAGGGAGAGUGACAAUUUCCAGCUGUAAAAGCCAAGCAAAGCCUGGAUAAAUCCCUGUGAGGGACAGAGAUGUCCUUGUGGUCAUGUGGAGGUGGGAAAGGCAGUGGAGAAGGUCCAAUCUCAGCUGGAAGAGCCACUAGAACCAAGUAAAAUACAGGAAAGGGCUCUCUUGAAUUUAUUAUUGGCAAUAAUUCAUCCCCCAGGUGAUUUGGCAGUGGUUUUCAAGGCCGGGUUGGACAGGGCUUGGAGCACCCUGGGAUAGGGGAAGGAGUCCCUGCCCAUGGCAGGGGUGGGAGGACAGGGAGUGGGGGUCCCUCCCAACCCAAACCAGUCUGUGACUGCAAACCAUGUGAUUCCAUGUGACUGAGAAUCCAUGUGACUCCAUUCUAACGUUCUUGCCAAAACUUUCAGAAAAACUACAUGAAAAAGUGGUAUUUAUCAGGUUUUUGAUGAUUCUUUGUUGGUUUUCCCACAUCUCUCUUUUCCCUCUCUCUCUUUUCCUUCUUUCCCCCUUCUACCAUGUCAUAGAAAAAAAUGGAGAGAGGAAAAGGGGAGAAGAGACGAGACCUGCAAUUAAAACAUUCUCCAGGUGUUGGGGUGGGCUUUUAGCUUAACUUUCACUGAAAUGUAAAUGUUUUACAAAUAAAUCAUAAAAGACAAAUGGGUUUCAAGGAAAACGGAGACUGAGGAAUAUCAAGACCAGCCCAUUUUCCCAAUCUGUGGAGCAGAAAUUUACCCAAAUUUGGAAAAUUUUCCCAGUCUGUAGAGCAAUCUAUCUCCACGUUCCAUGACUUUCCAUCUCUAUGCUGAGCAGAACACAUAAUGAGAUCUGCAGCAUCUAAAUGAAUAAACUUUAUUAUUAAAGAAAA